AUGGCGGCAGGGGCGACAGCCUCUUAUACAUACAUAGCACGCAUGCCUGCCAUCAACCAAGAUGGCAGCAGGGGCAGCAGCUUCUUACGGAAGACCACACUGCCAUCUGAAUUUAUGGCAGGCAUGUGCACAUGGCAUUCUCAGAAACGGGAGAGAAUGCCUUUAAUAGUCUAUCUGGGCAAUACUCUAGCCGAGGCACCACAGAAGACUCAUAAAGGAUCCCUGGUGAUAAGAUGGCUGUCCCUCAUUUCUUGCUUCCAAUUAUGGGCAUUUUUGCUGGCUAUUCUAGGCUUCAUUAUGUGUUUUACUUCAACAGUAAGUGUCCAGUGGAGAGUGUGGCAUAUACAAAAUGGCACAGGCUUCAGCUCUGCCAUUGUGUGGAUUGGAAUCUGGAGGGUCUGCACUAUACAACUUGCUACUGCUGCUGAAAAGAGCUCAUUGAGCUGUCUGGAAUUCAAUGAAUUAUACAGUUCCCUCUCCAAGGAAAUUUUAAUUGCCCGAGACCUAAUGGCAUUAGCUUCCAUUGUGAACGCAUUGGCUAUAAGUUCUAUGUCCUUUGCCCUAUAUAAUGUUUUCAAGCCCAUAAGUCAAAAAACAUUUAUAGUCACUUUUUUUUAUAUUGGAGCUGGUCUGGACUUGACCUCUGGAAUAUUUGUGUUAAUUUCCGUUUCUUGGAAUAUGCAUUGUGUGUUGCUGGAGGAAGGAAUUCAAUUCCCUGGUUUUUUCAGAUUGCCUCCCAUUCCAAAGCGCCAGUAUGUUGGUGCUGCGAUUUAUGUGGGGUUUGUGGCUGCCGCCUUUCAGUUGUUGAGUGGAUCACUAGUUCUCAUCGAGACAUGUUUACUGAAAUUCAGCAAAUCACACCUGUCAAAAACUGUAGUCAUACAUGAAUCAGCAAUUGCAAGAAAGAGCGAGAGUCAAACUACUUGUCCAAAAUGCGGUUCUGUUUCUACCAUGGAUCUUGCCAUCCAAAAUCAAUCCAGCCCAUAUAGGAGUUUUGCAGAUCAUAUGAAUGUAUCCAAAACCUCAGCUGAAUCUGCUCAAACCACACUUGGACCUAUUCCAACGCGUCCUGUUAUCUUUGUGACUCCAUGCAGUAGCAAAAAAAUAAUUGGCUUCUAA